CUGCGGCCUUCGCGGCCCUUUUAAGUCUCCCUGAAUCACGGGAAAGUGCGGCGAGCGGCGUAGUACUAGAGUAGCUUUGCGGGUUGCGUGCUACCAAUCCCAGGGGUUUGGAUGCAGGGCGACGAGCCUACCUGAAUUGCCCUCUCUCUGCUUGGCUGCGGCUUUUGCUUGUUUGCGAUUCAAUCCACAACAUCGGUUCAGACGAGGAUGGAUUCACUUUCACCCCUAACGACCCCCGUUCAGUGAUGCAGCUUAAUGUCGAUUUCCGAAGCAUAAAUGGUUUUGAAUGAGUUGAACAAAGGGAUUGCACAUUCAAGAAGACAUAAUCUUACCCACGAGAAUCUUCUUGGUCAGCUACCCCUACAGACACAGGAUGAACUUAUGGAUUAUUGGACAGACAUCCAGGAACUGCUGCAUCAUUUUUUGUCAUCAUAUCCAAUAACAAAUGCAGUCCUCUGUAAUAAGGUCGAAAGGUUGAAGGGUGCAAUGAUACAGAUAUAUCAAAAGUUGCAGGAUAUGAAGGAAUCGGCACCUCCUGAAAUAAGGCACGACAUGUCCCGGCUAGUAAAGCCCAUGACUCAGGCCAUGGACGCUGCCUCCAGCCAUGAUUUGGAACAGCAGCAAAGUUCCUCAGAGGCAAAGAACUAGCCCCACGAGGCCAACGAGUCUGGAGCCGAGAAGAGUGGCUUCUGCGGAGGACGCGUCUCGUGUACAUGUAUAUCCCUUUCGUUUGGACCAGAACAUAGUACGUGGUCCCAGUGCAAUCAGCAUCAGCUCGUCAUCACAGAAGGCGAUGGCUGAACCAGCCAGCUAGUGUUACAGCGACUCUACAACCACAGUACAGUGCAGUCCAUUCCGGCCUGCUUGGUUGACGUCCCCCUUCAUCUGCUGUCCCGUCCCGUCGUUAUCGACCUGCAAUGCAAUUCUGUGGGUACGACUUUUAGCCUUUUACGAGAUUUGUCACGUUUCCAUCCAUGGAAAGAUCUAGACUUUUAUUGUAUCAUUCACAGUAAAGUACAGGGGAUUUUUACUGUC